AUGUCGACAACUACACAGAUGCUGCUACAGUUUGUAGCUGGGUUAAAAAAUCGGAAUGAAGAAGUUAGGAAUAAGACUGUCAAUGAGUUACAUCAUUUUGUCAGUACAGAGCUAAGGGAGAUGCCAGUUGAGGAACACAUGGCUUUCAUGGAUGAUUUCAACCAUCAUAUUUUUGAAAUGGUGUCCAGUUCUGAUUUGAAUGAAAAGAAAGGAGGGAUUCUUGCUAUAGCUACAUUAAGUGGAGUAGAUGUAGGAAACACAUCAACUAGAGUUACAAGAUUCACUAAUUAUCUACGGAAUAUGCUUCCUUCAAAUGAAGUCAGUGUUAUGGAGAUGGCUGCCAUGGCUGUUGGCAACCUGGCAUUACUUUCAGGAACUCAUGCUGCAGAAUAUAUAGAGUUUGAGGUGAAAAGAGCAUUGGAAUGGUUGUCUGAGGAACGUAAUGAAGGAAAAAGAAUGGCUGCAGUGUUGGUGUUAAAAGAACUUGCAGUGAAUACUCCAACUUUCUUCUUUCAACAAAUUCAACAAUUCUUCGAUUGUAUAUUUGAUGCCAUAAGAGACUUAAAGCCGUCUGUGAGAGAAGCUGCAGUAUCAGCACUACAAGCUGCUCUUACUGUCACAUCACAACGAGAAACGAAGGAGACACAACGAUCACAGUGGUAUAAGCAAUGUUUUGACGAAGCUUUGAAAGUAGCUGAUGACGUCACAUUACGAGAACAUAAAAUGACGCGAGAUGAUUGGAUGCAUGGAUCACUACUGAUUAUUAACGAACUUUUACGUUGUAGUAACGUGGAAGGAGAGAAAGCAAGAGUUGAGAUGGAAGAGAUAACAAAUCAACAGAAUAUUCAUGAGACCAGUCUGAGGGAACUCUAUGGAAGCAAGUCCAAAAGUCAUCUUCACCAUGGAUCAUAUCAACAUAUUCAGAAUAAAUCAAAGGCGUUAUUAAUGACAAUACGAACUGGUACAACUGGAUAUAGAAACUUGUCACCAGGAAAUAAUCUUUUUGAAAGUAAAACAUGUAAAAUGUUAAUCAACAAUAACUUUGAUAAGGUAUGUAAUCUUGUGUUGAGACAUCGUGGAAGUAAAAGUGGUUUUAUACAGACAACAAUGUUAAUGGUAUUACCUAGACUAGCUUCAUUUAAUCCUACUGUUUUCUCUAGAAUAUAUUUAGCAGAUACUAUAAACUUUCUACUAGUGAUUUUAAAAAGGGAUAAAGAUAGAACCCAGGCGUUUCAAGCUAUAGGAUUACUAGCUAUUUCAGUCAAUGAGGAAAUUUUCCGACUACUGCCAAGAAUUAUGGAAAUUAUACGAGCUUCACUACCACCAAAAGAUAUCUCUUCAAAAAAGCAUCGUAAUUUUGUGGUGGAUCCUGCAGUAUUUACGUGUAUUAGUAUGCUAGCUAGGGCCGUCGGGUCCAAUAUUACUAGAGAUAUACGAGAUUUAUUAGAUUCUAUGCUGGCAACUGGACUUAGCCCUGCCCUUACUGCUGCAUUAAGAGACAUAGCUAAACAGAUACCACAGUUAAAGAAAGAGAUACAAGAUGGUUUAUUAAAGAGUUUAUCUAUGAUAUUAAUGGGUAGAUCUUUAAAACAUCCUGGUGCUCCUAAAACCCCAGCAUCUCCCCUCCCUCCUACAGGUAAUAUUAGUAUAUUAACAGAAUCACAUGAUGUAACAGGAAUCACUCUUGCUUUAAGAACUUUGGGAAGUUUUGAUUUUGAAGGUCACUCUCUAACUCAGUUUGUACGACAUUGUGCUGAUCAGUAUCUCUCUAGCGAACAUAAAGAGAUACGACUAGAAGCUGUUCAAACUUGUGCUGGACUGUUAACACCUCUACUAGUGUUAUUAUCAACCAAUCAAGAACAAGUUAGUAUGGCUGCCAUGACAACAGUAGCAGACGUAUUAAAUAAAUUGUUGGUAGUUGGUAUUACAGAUUCAGAUCCUGAUAUAAGACUAUGUGUGUUGGACUCAUUAGAUGAAAGGUUUGAUCCUCAUCUAGCACAAGCUGAAAACGUCAGUGCUUUGUUUGUAGCCUUGAACGAUGAGGCUUUUGAAAUAAGAGAACGAGCUAUAUGUAUGAUAGGAAGAUUAUCCAGUAAAAAUCCAGCUUACGUCAUGCCGUCUUUACGUAAAGUGUUGAUUCAGAUUUUAACGGAGUUAGAAUAUAGUGGUAUAGGUAGAAAUAAAGAACAAGCUGCCAGACUAUUAGGACAUUUAGUGGCUAAUGCUGCUAGAUUGAUUAGACCUUAUAUGGAGCCCAUUUUAAAGGUGCUGAUUCCAAAAUUAAAGAAUCCAGACCCCAAUCCUAAUGUUACUAUCAGUGUCUUAACAGCUAUUGGAGAACAAGCUUUGGUGAGUGGAACGGAGAUGAAGAAAUGGAUGGAUGAAUUAUUACCUAUUAUUCUGGACAUGUUACAAGAUUCUACAUCUAUACAAAAACGUGAGAUUUCACUAUGGACAUUAGGUCAGUUGAUAGAGACUACUGGUUGUGUUGUUGUACCAUAUCAAAAAUAUCCCACAUUACUAGAGGUUUUACUGAACUUCUUAAAAACAGAGCAAACACCAGGCAUCAGACGAGAGGUGAUCAGAGUUCUUGGGUUGAUUGGUGCUCUUGAUCCACACAAACAUAAAAUGAACAUUGGAUUAAUCUCAGAAAGAGAAUCAGCUAUCAGUAAAUCUGAUAAUAAAACUAAUGGAGACAGUAAUCAAGAUUUGAAUACCAGUGAAAUGCUAGCAAGCAUGAGUGCUACCUCCACUUUAGAAGAGUUCUACCCUGCUAUAACUGUAGCUAAUUUGAUGAAGAUAUUACGUGACCCGUCGCUAUCAGAACAUCACACCAUGGUGGUUCAAGCCACCACCUUCAUCUUUAAGUCACUACGUAUCAAAUGUGUACCAUAUAUACCACAAGUCAUACCAUCCUUUCUGACUGUUAUACGCAAUGCCGAGGCUAGUUUCAGAGAGUAUUUAUUUCAACAACUAGGGGCUAUAAUAUCAGUAGUAAAACAACAUAUUAAAAAUUAUUUAGAAGAUAUUUUUACUAUUGUUAAGGACUUCUGGACACCAAGCAGCACGAUGCAGAGUACAAUAAUAAGAUUGAUAGAACAUAUUGUAGGAGCUCUUGGUACAGAGUUCCGAGUCUAUCUUCCCCAGAUUAUACCACAGAUGUUACGUGUCUUCAUGCAUGAUACCAGUUCUGAUAGAGUUGUUACUGCAGAGUUAUUAGAUGCCCUGCAGUUAUUUGGAGCUAAUUUAGAUGAUUAUCUUCAUUUAUUAUUACCACCUGUCAUUAAACUCUUUGAUUCACCUGAAAUACCCAUGGCAGUCAGAAAGUCAUCCUUGGAGACAAUAGAUAGAUUAACAGAUAAUCUGGAUUUAACAGACUACGCUUCCAAGCUAAUCCAUCCUCUAGCUAGAAUACUGGACUCGACUCCAGCCUUACAUGGCACAGCAAUGAACACUCUCUGCGCUUUGGUUGUUCAACUGGGACAUAAGUUUAUGAUAUUUGUACCCAUGAUGAAUAAAGUUUUACAUAAACAACGCAUCAGUCAUCAACGCUAUAGUGUUUUAAUGACCAAAUUAUUACGGGGUACAACUAUCUCUGAUGAAGAUUUAGAUAUACACUCUAUGAAACAUCGUAGAAACAGAAGUAAAGCCAAUAAGAUAGCUGAAUCAGCAUCCAGUGAUACAGCAGCCAUCAAAAAACUUAGUGUUAAAUUUGAUCAUUUGAAAAAGGCGCUGGCAGCAGGUAGACGUGUAUCUAAAGAAGACUGGAUGGAAUGGCUACGGAAAUUAUCUAUUGCCUUGUUAAAAGAGUCGUCUUCUCCUGCCUUAAGAUCAUGUUUUGUUUUAGCUCAAACAUAUAAUCCACUAGCCAGAGACCUGUUUAACGCAGCCUUUGUCUCAUGCUGGACUGAACUAACUGAGUGUCAACAAGAUGAGCUGAUUGACAGAUUGAAACAGGCCCUGAAUUCACAGGAAAUUACUGAAAUAACUCAAACUCUACUGAAUUUAGCUGAAUUUAUGGAACAUUGUGACAAGGGUCCUCUGCCAUUAGAUAGCAGUCUGCUGGGAGACAGAGCUAUGACAUGUAGAGCCUAUGCUAAAGCUCUGCAUUAUAAAGAAGAACAGUUUCACAAUAAUAAAGAUGAUAAAACAGAAAUUUUAGAUGCUCUUAUUAGUAUCAACAAUAAACUACAACAUUCUGAAGCUGCUGCAGGAGUAUUGUCUUACGCCAAGAAACACAGUAAUGAUCUGAGAGUUCGUGAGAACUGGUAUGAGAAACUACAUGAAUGGGAUCAUGCCCUUAAAGCCUAUGAAGAGAAAGAAAAACUACACCCAGAUGAAGAUUCUAUCCUUUUGGGCAAAAUGAGAUGUCUGGAGGCUCUAGGACAAUGGGGUAAUCUGCAUUCUCUAGCUUGUGAUAAAUGGUCUACAGCCAAUGAUACAUGUAGAACUAAAAUGGCCAGGAUGGCUUCAGCUUCUGCUUGGGGUUUAGGUAAUUGGAAUAGUAUGGAACAGUAUAUGUGUUUAAUACCAAGAACUAGUUAUGAUGGAGCUUUUUACAGGGCUGUAUUCGCUCUUCAUUCUGAUGAUUUUAAACAGGCACAACAGUGUAUUGAUAAAGCUAGAGAUAUAUUGGACACUGAAUUAACAGCUAUGAUUGGUGAGAGCUACAACCGAGCUUAUGGGGCAAUGGUGAAUGUACAGAUGUUAGCUGAAUUAGAAGAGAUCAUACAAUAUAAACUAGUACCAGAGAGACGAGAAGCUAUUAGAUUAAAUUGGUGGAAUAGACUCAAGGGUUGUCAACAGAAUGUAGAAGACUGGCAGAAAAUAUUACAAGUGAGAUCCCUGGUUAUUUCACCAUCAGAAGAUAGAAUGACUUGGUUGAAAUAUGCCAGUCUCUGUCGUAAAAACAGUCGUAUGGCAUUGUCUCAUAAGACACUAGUUAUCUUGUUAGGAAUGGAUCCAUCAUCAGACUCCAGACCAAUACCCACAACAUAUCCUCAUGUUACAUUCGCUUACCUGAAACACAUGUGGAAAAAUAACCAAAGAGUGAAUGCGUAUGAGAAGCUACAAGCAUUCACCAGUAAAUCUCUCCAAUCUAAAACUCUAAAUCUUCCUCUUAAUGACAAAAUAAAACUACAAGCCAAUGUUGAACUAUAUUUUUUUAGAUGUCAUCGUCAUCUAGGAGACUGGGCUAAAGAUCUGCUGGGAAUUAAAGAAGAAUCUAUACCUCAAAUUUUAGAACAUUACCAUCUAGCAACACAAAAUGAUAAAAACUGGUACAAGGCAUGGCAUGCGUGGGCACUAAUGAAUUAUGAAUGUGUGUUGUAUUAUAAACAAAAAGAACAGAGUCUGGGUAAAUCUGGUACUACACCAAUGUCAUCUGAUCCUGGUGCCAUUUCCAGACCACUGAUGGAAUUAGUCAUUUCACCAAAACCAGAAUCAGUCCUCGUGAGGUUUUCGAUUUCUUUAUUACAGAAUACUGCCAAGAUCCAUAAAUAUUGUGUACCAGCAGUGACAGCCUUCUUCAAGUCUAUUGCUUUAUCUAGUCAGAAUAGUUUACAGGAUACAUUACGGUUACUUACAUUAUGGUUUGAUUUUGGUCAAUGGACUGAGGUGUAUGAUGCCCUAGUAGAAGGAAUUAAAACUAUAGAAAUAGACAAUUGGCUUCAGGUAAUUCCUCAACUAAUAGCCAGGAUAGAUACUCCUAGAAAUUUAGUGGGACGUUUAAUUCACCAGUUACUGAUAGACAUUGGUAAAGCUCAUCCACAGGCAUUAAUCUACCCUCUAACUGUAGCAGCUAAAUCUAAUGUACCAGCUCGACAGUCAGCUGCUGAUAAAAUACUACGCUCAAUGAGUGAAAGAAACAGCACCUUGGUACAACAGGCUAAUUUGGUUUCGGAGGAAUUGAUCCGUGUUGCUAUUCUCUGGCAUGAAUUAUGGCAUGAAGGAUUAGAAGAUGCCUCCAGGUUAUAUUUUGGAGAAAGAAAUAUAUCAGGAAUGUUUGCUACGCUGGAACCACUACACGCCAUGUUAGAUAAAGGUUGUCAUACACUGAAGGAAACUUCUUUUAACCAGGCAUAUGGUCAUGAUUUGAUACAAGCACAAGAUUGGUGUAAGAAAUAUCAACGUUCUGGUAAUGUGAAAGAUUUAACUCAAGCUUGGGAUUUAUAUUAUCAUGUAUUUAGACGUAUCUCCAAACAGCUCCCUCAGUUGACAUCUCUAGAGCUACAGUAUGUUUCCCGUAAACUGCUUCAAUGUCAAGAUCUAGAACUAGCUGUACCAGGAACAUACCAGCCCAAUCAACCUGUGGUUAAAAUUAAAAGGGUGAAGAGUUCAUUACAAGUUAUAACAUCUAAACAACGACCAAGAAAACUUAGUAUUUAUGGAAGUGAUGGUAAAGAAUACCAGUUUCUGUUAAAAGGCCACGAAGAUUUACGUCAGGAUGAAAGAGUUAUGCAGCUGUUUGGAUUGGUCAAUUCUUUAUUACGUAAUAAUCAAAAUACUUUCAGACGUAAUCUCACGAUUACAAGAUUUUCUGCCAUACCAUUAUCAACAAAUUCAGGUUUGAUCGGCUGGGUACCACAUUGUGAUACCUUACAUUCCCUGAUACGAGAUUACAGAGAGAAGAAAAAAAUUCUGUUAAAUAUAGAACAUAGGCUUAUGUUAAGGAUGGCCCCAGAUUAUGAUCAUCUUACAUUGAUGCAGAAGGUGGAAGUGUUUGAACAUGCUCUAGAGCAUACACAAGGAGAUGAUUUAGCUAAGAUUCUGUGGAAUAAGAGUCCUAGUUCUGAAGUUUGGUUUGAUAGAAGGACUAACUAUACACGUUCACUAGCUACUAUGUCUAUGGUGGGGUAUGUUCUUGGUCUAGGAGAUAGACAUCCCUCCAAUUUAAUGUUAGACAGAAUGAGUGGAAAGAUUAUUCAUAUUGAUUUUGGUGAUUGUUUUGAAGUGGCUAUGGUUCGAGAGAAAUUUCCUGAGAAAAUUCCAUUCCGAUUGACCAGGAUGUUGAUUAACGCUAUGGAGGUAACUGGUAUAGAAGGCAACUAUCAGAUGACCUGUCAAUCAGUAAUGGAGGUCUUACGUGAACACAAGGACAGUCUAAUGGCUGUACUGGAAGCUUUUGUCUAUGAUCCAUUAUUAAACUGGAGACUGGUAGAUGCGACCACAAAACCUAAAACUAAAGCUAAUCGUUCAGAUUCUUACGCUGGUAGUCAAGAACAAGACCUGCUAGAAAGUGUUGAUUUGUCUCAAUCAACCAGUAAAAAAUCAGUUCCAGACUCCAUCAAGGCUGCAGGAGGUGAUAAUGUACCACUGGAAGUUUUAAAUAAAAAGGCUAUAGAUAUUAUCAAUAGGGUACGAGAUAAACUCACUGGUCGAGAUUUUGGAGGUGAAGAACCUAUGAAUGUGAAGAAUCAAGUUGAAUUGUUAAUAAAACAAGCUACUACACAUGAAAACUUGUGUCAAUGUUAUAUAGGAUGGUAG